GUAAGGAAUGUCACUGGUAGAUUUGGAUAACAUUGAGCGAAUAUCGCAUACUACCCAAGGUUUAGAGAAUAUGGCGUCAACUUCUGGCACUGCACGCCCACCCCGGCCACCGCUUUACCAACCCCUAAACAUUUCCGAAUGGACAGUUCUCAUUACAGGCGCAAGCUCAGGCUUUGGCGAAGCCAUGGCUUGGCGUUUCGCUGAAGCAGGUUGUCGUUUGGUGCUGGUGGCUCGGCGCCUGGAUCGAUUGGAGAGCCUUCGCGACCAGCUCCAAUUCACGUACCACGUGCCCGUUCACACGGUGCAGCUCGACGUGCGGAACAUUGCGGAAGUGGACCUGUUGCCGCAGCAGCUGCCGGAGAGCUUUGCAAACGUUGACAUUCUGGUUAACAACGCUGGUCUGGCGUUGGGAACCGCAUCCGUGCAGGACAACAACAUUGACGACGCGAUUACCAUGAUCGAGACCAAUGUAACCUCCGUUAUCGCCAUGACCCGUGCCUUCCUGGCUGGCAUGCUGGAGAGGGGCCGGGGACACAUCGUCAACAUCUCCUCCAAUGCCGGACGCGAGGCUUACGCGGGCGGCAGUGUGUAUUGCGCCACCAAGCACGCGCUAACCGCCUUCACCACCGCCGCCCGCCAUGACCUUGUGGGAACCCCCAUCCGCGUGACCUGCAUUAGCCCGGGUGCUGCUCAGACGGAGUUCAGUCUGGUGCGUUACAAGGGUGACCAGUCGGCUGCGGAUGCGGUGUACCGGGGCUUUGAGCCGCUCUCUGCGGAGGACAUUGCGGAUAACGUGCUGUACGCGUGCACACGGCCCGAGCACGUGCAGAUUGCGGACAUGCUUGUUCUGGCCACCAACCAGGCCUCGGCCAAGAACGUUGCACGCGUGCUGGACCCGCAGGAGCGGUGAGGAUGUGCGCUGAGAAGCAGCAGGGGAGCAGCAGCACCCAGACAGGCGGAGGAAUGGGAGAAGGG